AUAAUUAUAUAUGAUUGUUAAGGUAACUUAGCGAGCUACCUCUGCCAUUUGUACAUUUGAUAACUUCCAUCUUUCUUAAAUAAAACAAUGUCCAGCAAGCAGUAACAUGUAACUUUAUUUUUAAGAAAAUACAAUUCAAAAAACCUUUCCUUCAAUCUCUUUUUCCCUCUCAACUCUAUCAUCAAUGUAACAAUAUCAAACUUAAAUGUUAAAAACACUGACUUUUAACACUGUAUAACKGUCGAACUCAAACAUUAAGCAUGCUCUUCUAUGAAAAACAAUUUCUAAAAAUAUAAAAACGAUUGAUCUGACCCCCUUCCAAAUAUGAGGCACUUAUAUUGGUUUUGAUUGCAUGUAAGUUUUGAUAUUAUGUAAGUUUUUAUUGCCACUAACUUUACUAAUAUGAUACUAGUGUAUUUCUAUCUAGCUUUGUAACCAUGACAUUUUCUUUGAUUCUGUUUAUAUAAGGUAUUUCUUGGAAUACUUUCUUGUGCGAGCCAAUUUAGCAUGCAGUUUAGAUUGGAGCAUUUGAAACACUUUUUAAUAAGAUGAACUCUUUAAUUUGAUAAAACAGACACAUUUUGGUCACAGCAUGGAUGGUCCGGUCACAUCUUAUGAUAUAUUUAAUCCAUAGAAACCUUUGUGUGUGUUUGCAUAGCCUGUUAUAAACCAGGAGAGCAUAGCUUGUUUUUGAUAUCGCUAUAUGUUGAGAUAUGGAGUUAAAGGACCCGUCCCGGCAAAAAAAGAGGUCUUUUUGAAUAAGUUGGUUAUAUGUUUUUUAACAUAUAUUAAACCUUUUUAAGCUCGUUCUUUCAGUUUUUGAUAGUUUUUUUUCGGGGGAAAGAUUGGUUUUUCUGACCUCCGUAAGAAACGUCUCGAUUAACAGUCACGUGAUGUCGUUACGUCACACGUGUGUAACCCAUUUGAGGCAUUGUAGUAAACAUGGCUAGCGAGGAGGAUUGCAGUAGUAUAAGUUCRAAUAAUAGUAGUUCCAGUAGCGAUAGUAGUAGUUCCGAUGGCUCAGAGGUACUUGUAGGGGAMGGAGAGGCCAAUUCUAUUUUACCUUGGCGGUUUGAGCCCRUUGGCCGCAGACGGGAACCUUUAGAAGAAGUCCACGAGAUCGAAGACGAUGGCCGCCAUGAAAGAUUUCGAAACAGCAACUGGUGCAUGUGCGAGCAUUGUCAAAUCAUGGAUAGGCCAGUAGAGUGCAUAUGUUGCCAGGAGAUUGAUCAAAUAAAAUCAAAACUUCGUGAAGCAGUCGAAGUUGAUGGCUUGGCUGAGACCUCGUGCAUCACACAGCACCCUGGCUUCUUAGCGGUGUGCACUAAUCGCUGGGUUCUUCAAACGGCCUGGUUUCAAUAUCGGCAAUAUUACGGAGGCGAUUUACGUGAUAUUCCCCAGCACAAACGGAAUAGACAUGUUGCAUAUCGUCAACUUGUUCGUUGGUGCUGGGGUAUUUUGGGCAAAGAAAUAAGGGUGACUUUGCCUUCAUGUGCCGUAAUGUGCAUUCGGGCUCAUUUUCCUCCUCCAGGUUUGGAAGAAGAUUUUAUUUUUACUGGGUUUAGAUAUGCAGAUGAAUAAUUUUUAUAUUUUAUACUUCUAGCAUGACCUUUAUUUGCAGGAAUUUGGAGGGAGUGUGAAAUUUUCUUUAUUGUUUUAGCCCUGCCAUAAAAUUAUACUUCUAGUUGAAUAUGAAGUGUUCCUUACAAAUAAAGGUCAUUUUCUUAGCUCAU